CUCCCCCGAAAGGAAAUAAAUAAACUUUCCUUUGCCCGCCGGCCGCCCCGGGCCCCCCCCGCCGGGGCUCCCGCUCAUCCCGCUCCGGGGGCGGGGGGGCCAGCGCGCUAAUCCCGCCGCCUCCCGCCCGGCGUCCUUGAAAGGGGCGCAGGUGGCAGCGCGCAGCGGGCGCCGGGCUCGCCCCAGCCCCGCUCCCAUGGCCUGGGCUGCCCGGCGCGGGCCCGGACGCCGGGGUCCCCGCAGCUGACGGGGCCGGGGAGCGGCCCGGGGUCUCCCCGCUGCUGGAUGCGGGCAGCCCCCGGCGCCCCGCCGCGAUGGGCGAGUGGACGAUCCUGGAAAGGUUGCUGGAGGCCGCUGUGCAGCAGCACUCGACGAUGAUCGGCAGGAUCCUGCUGACGGUGGUUGUCAUCUUCCGGAUCCUGAUCGUGGCCAUCGUGGGCGAGACGGUGUACGAGGACGAGCAGACCAUGUUCAUGUGCAACACCCUGCAGCCCGGCUGCAACCAGGCCUGCUACGACAAGGCCUUCCCCAUCUCCCACAUCCGCUACUGGGUCUUCCAGAUCAUCCUGGUCUGCACGCCCAGCCUCUGCUUCAUCACCUACUCGGUCCACCAGUCGGCCAAGCAGCGGGACCGGCGCUACUCCUUCCUCUACCCGCUGCUGGAGAAGGACGCCCGGAAGGCGCGGAGCGUCAACGGGAUCCUGGUGCACAACCCCGAGGGCUCGGCCAAGGAGGAACCCGACUGCCUGGAGGUCAAGGAGCUGCCCAGCACCCCCCGGCGGCCGCCCAAGAGCGCCAAGGUCAAGCGGCAGGAGGGCAUCUCCCGCUUCUACAUCAUCCAGGUGGUCUUCCGCAACGCGCUGGAGAUCGGCUUCCUGGCGGGCCAGUACUUCCUGUACGGCUUCAACGUGCCGGCCAUCUUCGAGUGCGACCGCUACCCCUGCGUCAAGGAGGUGGAGUGCUACGUCUCCCGGCCCACCGAGAAGACCGUCUUCCUGGUCUUCAUGUUCGCCGUGAGCGGGAUCUGCGUGCUGCUCAACCUGGCCGAGCUCAACCACCUGGGCUGGCGCAAGAUCAAGGCGGCCAUGCGGGGCGUGCAGGCCCGGCGCAAGUCGCUCUGCGAGGUGCGCAAGAAGGACCUCUCGGCCCUGGCCCAGGUGCCACCGCUGGGGCGGACCCAGUCCAGCGAGUCCGCCUACGUCUGAGCCCCGGGGGCGGCCGCUUUGCAAUGCAAACGCCAGCGGGUGCGUCGCGAUCCGUGCCCCCUCCGGACCGGGGGGGGGGCGGCGCCGCAGGUUUGCUCCAAGGGCUGAAUGGAGACAUGGACCUCCCACCCCCCAGAUCCAGCCUGGGGCGGGGGGGGGGAGGGAGGAGCUCCCAGCUCCAAGACAUUUUAAAAAUACGAAAGUUAUUUAUUGUUCUUUGGAGUCUUCCAACAUGGUGCAAACAGGGGGGAGGGUUCCUGGAACUCACCCCCCACCCCAUCAGCCUUUUCCAGCCCUGGGAUAGGCCAGGGGUGGGGAAUAAAUGGGGGGGCAGGUUAUGUUUCUGCAGGGAGUAGGGGCGGGGGGGUAGAUCACGGCUCCCUGCUUUUUCUUAGCCCUUGG